CCAAUUCAUUGAGGGACAAACCCCCUUAGUUCAUAUCAUAUUCAUCUUUCUCUUAUCAAAGCAAAGCAAAAAAACAUGCAAAAACCUUGCUCCAAUGGCAAUUGAAUCCCAACACAUGAACCAAAAUUUGCCUCCUCAAUUAAUCAUCAAUAGAUAUUUUAUGAAAACAAAUGAAGGAAUGUACAAAGAUAAUUUGAUGGAUUCUUGUGUUCCUUUGCAACAAGCUUCAUUUGCAGAGCUUUUUGAUCCAAUUUUAGCCUCAAAUUCAAUUGCUGAUAUGGGAAUGAGGAGAAGACCCAAAGAUUCAUUCAUCAAUAAUGCCUUUGGUUCAUCAAUGUAUCACAUCCAACUACCUCAACUUGAUGGAUUCAUUGCUCAACAUGUAAGUUUUUUCAACGAAGAAAAUAAGAGUGAUUUAAUUAUCGUUUUAGUCCCUCUACUUGUUGAAAUUUGGAUUUGAUCUUUGGUUAUUUACUUGCUCUUAUAAUGCUAAGCUGAUAAUACUCAAGUAUACAUGUAAGUUCUUUCAACAAGUUUCAAUGAAGAAAAAACAAAGAGGAGGUUUAAUUGUGGUUUAGGUCCCUCUACUUGCUCAAAUUUAGAUUUUAUCUCUUUAAUUUAGUAUAAUUUGGUUAUUUACUUACUUUUAAAAUGUUAUUAAUAGGUCUAAACUGAUAAUAUCUAAGUUGUUGAGUUUUUUUAAAAAAACAGUUGAUAUGUAGGAUGUUUUUCCUAAGAGGGUAGAAUUGAAUUAUAAAUUUUGAAAGAAUUAAAUACAAUUUUAUCAAUGUAUUAACUUAAAAUUUUACAAUUUUAUAGGAUUUAAACUAUAAAUUUACCAUUUUUGGGAUGGGGCAAAAUUAAAAUAUAAAUUUUGGAUGCCAAAAUGCAUUUUAUUUUCAUUAUAUUAAUUUAAAGUUUUGCAAAUUCUAAAGGGGGUAAACUAGAAAUUUACCAUUUUUAGACCUCUGCAGAUCAUGUAACUAUAGGAUAGAUGAGCAAAUUAUGUCAAACUAAAAGGAUUAAAUCUUUUAAAUUUUAGCAUAGUAAAGGGACUAAAAUAAAAAUAACCCAUGGGGGAAUUAUUGAAUUUGCGGGCUGAAAAAGUGAGAUUUGAAGUUGAAGAACAAAGGGAGAAUCAAUGGAGAACAUUGAUUACAUUAAUCCAAGAAAGGGUUUUAAAGCAAUUAAAGGCAAAAGAUGAAGAGAUUCAAAGAAUGGGGAAAAUAAAUUGGGUUCUUCAACAAAGGGUGAAAUGCCUAUGCGUCGAGAGCCAACGGUGGCGAGAUUUGGCGCGAACCAACGAAGCGGCGGCCAAUUCAUUACGAACCGACUUGGAACGAGUCCUGGCGCACGCCGGCGAGGAACGGCUCCGUGGGAUGAGCGCGGCGGCGGAUGAUGGCGGAGAGUCUAGUUGUUGUGGCAGCAGGGAGGAAGGAUGGCGCGAGGUGGUGGUGCCACCGUCGGGGGCGGCGGUGAUGAGAAAGUGUAAGAAGUGUGGGGAGGGAGAGGCGAGUGUGGUGUUGUUGCCAUGCAGACAUCUUUGUGUUUGUAGGAUGUGUGGAUCCGCCAUGGUUGGAACUUGCCCUGUCUGUCAUUUUAUUACCAAUGCUAGUGUUCAUGUUAACUUGUCAUGAAACUAAAUUUUUACUAAUAUAAUCACGUGUAAAUUUCGAUUUAUAAAAAAAUUAUAUUAAAAGCAAAUGCAUUUUAUGUUCAAA